AGUCAACCAACUUGAGAGUACUUUAGCUCUUCGCUACAUGCUGCAAUCUAAUUCAAUUAAAAUUAAAACGCAAAUCUACGCAACAAGCAACAAGUGAAAUUGCUCCGAAUUCUCAACGACGACGACGGCGGAGACAAUUAGACAGCAAAACCUCAGUUUCUGUCUAAACGUGGGCAGCAACACAACAAUGAGCGUGGAUGACAACAGAAAAAAGGAACAGCUCGCCAUGAUUCGCUCAUCAUCAAUGCCUGUUAAACCUAAGCCAUUGAAUCCAAGGCCUCUAGCCCGAUCGCCCGAAAAGGAGACGGUCAACGACAACGAAGUCGACUACUAUCCAGAGAGUCCCAGUUGUGUUCGACGUCGUCGAUCCAAGCAGACGCCGGAUCACUUGGAGACGCGCAGCGAACAAAACUUCCCUUACACGCUCGACUGGGCGGGCAGCACCAUUGAGCUGACCCCUGAUGUGGAUGGAGAUGCGGAUGGAUUGCGACGCAGCAUGAAUCGAGUUAUGGACAAGAAUGGAAAUGAGAACGUUGCUUUCCGACGCAUUCCGGAAAAGUCCUGGCGAUAUAUGCGCGAUGUGAUCACCACGCUGAUCGAAUUGGAGUGGAAGUACAUGCUCACACUGUUUCUGGGUAGUUACUUCAUCAGCUGGACUUUCUUUGGAGUACUUUGCUACGUGGUCGCCUAUUCCCAUGGCGAUUUCCUUUUCGAUGCCGUGAGUGGCGAACGCUUGGGAGAGGGCAGCGAGCCUUGCAUUUAUGGUGGGCCCAAUUUCAUGGCCAUUAUGAUCUAUUCGAUUGAGACCCAAACCACACUUGGCUUUGGCGAGCGAUAUGCCAGCGAGGAAUGCCCCGAGACCAUUUUUCUGUUCAUCAUGCAAAUGAUGUGUGCUGUGGCCAUUGAGGGCACCAUGGUUAGCAUCAUCUAUGCGAAAACUGCGCGUCCAGCCAAGCAACUGACCAAGCUCAGGUUCAGCGACAAAGCUGUGAUCUGUUAUCGCGAUGGCAAACUGUGUUUGCUCUUUCGUGUGUGCGAUCCACGCGAACAGCAAUCCAUCGAGUCCAAGAUACGCGUCUACAUGAUUGUGGACAAACACACACGCGAGGGCGAGCUCAUUAAGACGCACACGGAACUGAAGUUGGAGGGGAAUGGCGAGCAGCUGAUUGUCUGGCCGGACAUUGUGUGCCAUGUCAUCGAUGACACAAGUCCUCUGCAGUCAUUUCAAAAUGCCAAGCAGCUGAACGCCGCACAAUUUGAGUUGUAUGUGACAAUUGUGGGCACUUCGCCUACCACAGCACAAAUGACGGAGGCGAAGACAUCGUAUGUGCCGCGAGAGAUAUUUUGGGGGCAGCGUUUUGUGAACAUUAUCCACUACGACGCAACUAAUGAGUGUUACAUUGUGGACUACGAGAACUUUAACACCACCAUCUCGGUGGACAUGCCCGUCAAGUUGACGCCGGCGGAGCAUUUGCAGCAGCUGCAACAGCAGCAACAACUCGAGCAGCUGCAACACACAUACAGAAAAUAACUACUAUUAAUCGCAACACACUUUAUAAUUAGCAAUUCGAAAAUGCCCGCUCGAUUGCGAUAACGAUUAUUUUUCUCACACAUUCAUUAAUAAAGGUCACAUUAUGAGCAUAGCUUUAUCGAUAAGCACUCAAAUCUUUCAAGUGCGCGCCCGAAUUCAAACGAAGAUUAACAUUUCGCCUUGUGUAAAUAGAGACGAGUGCUUGUCAGCUGACAUUUGUAGGUGGUAUGCAGGAGUUAUGGCGAUAUUUGCUCUCAGAAUAAAUAUGUGCAUUGGAAACGCUAGCUACAUACAUGCUUAAUAAAGAGACAACUUUUGACGAUCUAAUCUUAACGAAAUCUAAAC